AUUUCCUAUUUGUAAUUGGUUUGUUUCAUUUCUUGCUUUCAAGAAACCAACCACACAUGGCAGGUGGUUGGUUUCUGAAAACAAAUAAAAUCACUUAGGCAAAACGAACAUUUGUCGAGUCCUCCUUGCGCAGGUUAAAGCAGCGGCACAAUUACUCUGCUUGCAUUGUUCAGCGAUCUUUCUCGGUAGAGGCGGUGGAGAGAUUCAGCAGCAGCAGCAGCAGCAGCAGAUGCAGAACGGUUUUACUGCAUUACAUCGCGCCGAGGCAGUCGGUGGGUCGGGGCGGCCGUCUCCAGGACGAAGCUCAGGUCACCGAGCAACCGCCGGUCGCGGGCCCGUGGACUUCAGCUCCGUCCUCCUCAGGCCGGAGAUGAAGUGUUUUGAAAGAGGCGGCGAGAAAUGAGGAAGCGUUGUUCUAAAGAGGAAAAGAGAAAAAAGAAGAAAGGGGAAGGCCUUGGUGUGUAGGCCGUGCCUGGCCCUGUCGCCCAUGGGCUUUCUCAGAUAGGCGCCGCCGACAUCCGAGCAGGAGGGAGAUUCCGCAACAGGAGAGGAGAGAGAGAAGAGAACACCCCAUCAGGAGGCAGCGCACCCAUGAUGGGACUGGGAGGAAGCGGCUGCGUCCAGGUGUCGGUGACCGAGAUUGACGCGGACUCGAGUUCGCUGGGAAAGCGAGAUACCUGAAGCUGUAUCAGCGCGAAGGCAAGCGGCUGCUGGAGGAGUGAACGCGCCUCCGUGUGUUCCGAGAAGCCGUUCCGUUCCCGGUUCAAUGGCAGUAUGUUAUCAGUACCAGUUACCGGUGCUGCCUCUCGACAGGCCGGUACCCAAGCACGUCCUGAGCCGCCGAGGGGCCAUCAGCUUCAGCUCCAGCUCGUCCCUUUUCGGCUGCGCCAACCCGAGACUCCUGUCACAGACCUUCACAAACUCUUCUAACCUUUGGAUCCCUUCAUCUGGGUGGGAAGAACGAUUCUUGGAGAGACGGGGGGCAAUAUCGUAUGAAAGCUCAGACCAGACUGCUCUGUACAUUCGUAUGUUAGGGGAUGUACGAGUGAGGAGCCGGGCAGGAUUUCAACCAGAAAGAAGGGACUCUCAUCCUUACAUUGAUUUCCGCCUUUUGCACUUGCCACCUGAAACCGGAGAAUUGGCUUCAGCAAGGAAGAUAAGAAGGUUGUUAAGUUUUCAAAGAUAUUUUCGAUCAGCUCAUUUAUUUCGUGAUGUUUCUUCCCUGAACUCUCUCUGCAUACUAGAUGAUGACUAUGGUGGCCAAGCCCUGUGUAUGCUAGAAAAGAAUGGAAAUUGGAAUUUUGACAUCUUUCUUUUUGACAGAUUAACAAACGGAAAUAGUCUAGUUACUUUGGCCUUUCAUCUGUUUAAAUACCAUGGACUUAUAGAGCAUUUCAAAUUAGAUUUGGUUAAACUACGUCGAUUUUUAGUUAUGGUUCAGGAGGACUACCAUCGGAACAACCCUUAUCACAAUGCAGUACAUGCUGCUGAUGUAACUCAGGCCAUGCACUGUUACCUGAAGGAAGCAAAGUUUGCAGGGUCUGUUUCGCCAUGGGAUAUUCUGGUGGCUUUGCUGGCAGCUGCGACACAUGACAUGGAUCACCCUGGUGUUAACCAGCCUUUCCUAAUCAAAACCAGUCACCACCUAGCAAAUUUAUAUAAGAAUACCUCGGUGUUAGAAAACCAUCACUGGAGGUCAGCAGUGUGCGUUCUUCAUGAAUCAAAAUUAUUUUCACAUUUUUCAGUUGAGGAAAGCUACCAAAUGGAAAGACAGUUGGGUUCCUUAAUUCUAGCUACGGACAUAAGUCGCCAGAAUGAGUUUCUAUCACAAUUACGAACUCAUUUGGACAUGAGUGACUUAUAUUUAAAUGAUGCCCGCCAUCGACAUUUCAUGCUGCAGAUAGCACUGAAAUGUGCAGAUAUCAGUAACCCAUGCCGGACUUGGGAACUGAGUAAACAAUGGAGUGAAAAAGUAACCCAAGAAUUCUUCCAUCAAGGGGAUAUUGAAAGAAGAUAUAAACUAGAUAUAAGUAAGCUAUGUGAUCGCCACACAGAAACUGUUGCCAACAUUCAAAUAGGUUUCAUAACUUAUGUAGUGAAGCCUCUUUUUGUGGAAUGGUCUCGCUUCACCGACAGCACACUGUCACAGACAAUGCUUGGACAUCUUAGUUUGAAUAAUGCUAGCUGGAAGGGAUUAUUACAAGAACAGACCCAGGGUAGAGAAGAUACUAACUCGGUUUGCCGGGAAAAGGACUGAUUUAUACCUCAGGAAAGCUGAGAAUGAUUUCAUCUCACUGACUCCUCUCAUUCUGAGGGAGAUGGACAAUGAAUUUUCAGCCUAAUAAACUGAAGGCAAAUGGGAUAAUUAUUUUGGUUGAAAUAUACUUGUAGACACUGACUGCCACAGUUGUAUGCGUAGUCAUGUUGACAUUAAUGUAAUUGAAUGCUUUCUUCAAAGCAUCAUGUUGCUUUUUUUUUGCUCCUAGCAAGACCUGAACAUAAGCAAUACACAAAUACCUCAGUUGGCUUUUGUGAGACAUUGAGCACAUAUACUGCAGUGGUGGCUACACUGAACAUAAUGGGAAAAGGAGGGUGGCAGUGUCCCAAGAAGUGCCAUUUAUUAAUGGUUAGUUUGAAUACUGUAAUACAGAUUGAUACUUGCAAUUUCUGCACUUGGGGUUUUCUGUGUUUUUUUUUUAAAGGCUAAAAUAUGAACUUAAUGAAAAUAUUCUUUUGUUGGUACAAGAAGAGCUUUUAUACUCUUCCCACCAUUUCAAUGACUGAAUGCAUGCAAAGAAGCCAGUCCUUUUCUGCCUCAGAGAUUUGUUUACAAUGCUGUAUUUUUGAUACUUUGGUUCUGGUUCUGGUUCUUGCCUUGAAGCAUAGUGAAAAAGGGAACCACUAAUUUGGGAAAUGCUCGUUGGUAAGAAGAUAGAACAAAAUAUGCUGCAGUUUGUUUUUAAUCUUUUGUGAUGCCAUUUAAGUUUCCAUGGAAGCCUCUUCUGCCAUGGUGUUCCUUUAGUGCACUGUGAAUCCAGCCUUCAUCUCUGGUCAUAGCCAAGCUUAUAUAGCAACAAAGUGCUGCUGGCCUUUGCCUUUUUAGGGGAGACUUAAAGAAACAACUUAAAAACAGAUUAAUGGUGAAGUCAAAAGUAGUUUACAUGUAUGAACUGCACUUAUGAUAACAACAGUAGUUUAUAAUAAAGAUCAACUCAAGAUAUCUGUCUGCCUGAACCAAGUGAUAAUGGCAUGUCUGGAAUCUGCACAUCAGAGCAUACUGCCACCUUCACCAUUGUUUUCUUCAAAAUGUGAAAAUAUGCAUGAAUUAAACAGCCAGAUUGAAGAAAAAAUGCUAAAAUGCCUUAAAACUAUGCACAAAGCUAAGUGACCAAAUCUGUUUUUAUUUUUAAAGAAGUGCAUUGUUCCUCGACCUUUUGCGAGUGAAUUGUUACUCCCCUGUGGGCCUUGUCUGAUGUGGGGAAAAAUAAACCCUUUGUAGGAUAAUAAAAUGUUCUUUUAAAUUUCAAACAUUCCAUUUUGUAUUUUACAAUGUUUUAAAUAGUUGAUUAUGUACAGUAAGCACAACUAUCUUAAGUUUGGCAUUUUCCAAUGAAACAAAUUGGUGCUUUUCUCUUUAGUUUUCUUGUAUUUCAGGACUGUUUAAGGAAAUUCUGUUUACAAUUUGUUGCAACAGCCAUUUUUGAGAGAUGAAGGCUUCAAUGUUAAGUUUAGGAACGUUACCAGGUUGUUGGCAGAGUUGCUACAUUCAUAUUUUGAUAUGCCUGUUGCUGUUUAAAAUUUUAAAUAAAAACAUUGACAUACCUUUUAAA